AGUGGGACUUCACAGCCAUUUCGCGCAUUAAGGGUAAUUUCCCCGAAUGAGGAAUGGCUUGUUGCUCUAUUGUCACAGCAAUAGUAGGCUGGCUGAGCACGGGGAUUUCCUCACUUGCUUAUUUUGUAGGCGGGGAGUUGUUUGCCACUUUCACAAGCAAGCUCCGAGAGGUUGCAGACAGAGUCGUGGAAUCUCAAAAGCGUGUAACCCGUGCAGGUUGCUUUUUGUGAUAAUUAGUUUGUUAGAACGUCUUGCGUGGUGUACGGCGUGUCACGGUUGCUUCUAGGUGGUUUGUCAACUCAUGCGCUUCUUGCUGGUCAAACCUGCUGCUUCAUCACCUCGUUGUGCAAAGGAGCAAGCGCGAGCCGAGCCAGCGGUUUAGCGAGAUCAGAUAACCAGCAGUACAGGUGGACGCUGCUCUCGUGGCAUGACUACCACAAACAAGGGAAACAAGGCCUUAAAGGUGAAGCGGGAGCCUGGGGAGAAUGGCACCAGCUUAACAGACGAUGAGCUGGUGACCAUGUCGGUGAGGGAACUGAACCAGCAUUUACGGGGCCUAUCGAAGGAAGAAAUCCUUCAGCUGAAGCAGCGGCGGCGUACCCUUAAGAACCGCGGCUAUGCUGCAAGCUGCCGGGUGAAACGGGUCACCCAGAAAGAGGAGCUGGAAAAACAAAAGGCUCAACUGCAACAGGAAGUGGACAAGCUGGCCACAGAGAACGCCAGUAUGAAGGUAGAGCUGGACGCACUGCGUUCAAAGUAUGAGGCUCUCCAAAGCUUUGCCAGGACUGUGGCGCGCAACCCCGUCACUUCAACAAGGGGACCGAUGGCCUCUGUGAUAGGGCCCCUCAUCCCUGGUAAAGUAGCUGCCACCAGCGUCAUCACCAUCGUCAAAUCCAAAACGGAGGCCAGGUCAUAGUAGCAGAAUGAUCAGGAGGAAGAUUUUCAAGGCGUAACUAGUCAGUGCAUUGUAACACGACACAGGAUCUCUUGUAUAAGUUUUCAGUUUUACGUGGACACCAACACUAAAAAUAUGCUUCCCAUUUCACCCCUUACAGCUUGACUCAGCUGUCUCCUUGGCAACAGACAAGCUGUAUUUGAUUUUGCCUGGAUAGCAGUUAAUUAGUAUCAAAUUCAGAUUGUUGUUUUCUUGUUGCUUUUGAUAAAAUAGUUUAUGUAAUGUGUUUAGGUCCUCAUGACUGAGCUCUUAAAUCUUUUCCGUCCAAGGAAUUGGAAUUUUUAGAAUCUCAAAGGCAGUCGCAACCAGUGAAAUGAUCACUCGUAGAUUAUUCCUCACUGUAACUGUAAAGGUCCAUUUAUGCUCCCUUAGGUACGUAAAUAGGGACAUCUGUUUUAAAUGCUGUCAUACGUCACCGUCCUCAUACUUCCAUGCGUCUUUUGCGUUGCCAUGGUUGUUAAAUCAAUUGCUCCAAUAUUGGCAGUGCUAGGUUCAGAGUUCACUCCUGUAAGCCGACGUCAGUUUCAGACACCAUUUGGCAGCGGUAAUGCAUCACUGUAGUGUUGUUUUCAACCGCCCAACACACCCUAAACACUUGCAUAAUAGUCUUUCUUCAAAAGCUCGCACAAUUUCUGCAGUUGCUGUGCUCAUCUUCAUUCUUCUUUAGCUUUUUUCCCCCCAUUCCUGAUCCUCUUCUUCUUCUCUGGUUUGUUUCUUUUCCUAGUUGCAUGUCAGCUAUUCUGCUCAGCACUGCUCCCGCGAUUUGAUUCAUCUUCUGCGUCAAGAGACGGAUAGCUAAGCAUAGUAAAAACAGACCUAAAUAAGCGCGUUACCAACGCAGCAGACCGACGAAACUGUCCGUCUGCGUACCCAUCUUCUAUGUUGAGCAUAAAUGGGCUUUUAGGCUGAAGAAAGAGCCAGCACAUCUAUGUGAAGCUCGUUGCUUGUUAUUUUGCACUGACUCUAACAAGAAUAAAUAAAAACGGUCACGGUAUUGGUCUUGAUACAGCAAAAGUCUUCUAACCAACCAGACAAACCUAAAACUAGUAAAAAAAAAUUGUGAUAUUUCUUUUCUUCUUUUUUUUUUCUUUUUUUUUUUUUUUUUGUUGUUGGUUGUCUGCCAAGCAUAUGGGCAUGAAAUAAUGCUCCCGAACAUGGCAUUCAUUGCUGUUUAGGCAUUGGUAACAUGCUUCAGUGUCAUUAUCAAUAUGACAGGUAGAUGCAAUAAUAUAUGUAUGCACUGAAAACACAAAGAGAUCUUACAUAUUUAUGGUUAAAUGAGAAAAUGUAUUAGCUGAGUGCCAUUCUGGUAUGACAAGAUUCUUCUACAAUAUCUGAAAACCUGAAUGUUAUCACAGUAAUUUCCUCAUGUUUUAUGGGGACAGUGGAAAACCACGAAACCUUUUGAGACAUUGUGUUGCUCAUGGAGAAGAUAUGUUUGUUUUUUUUUCUUUAAAAGAUAAAUAUAUAUAUAUAUAUAUAUAUAUAUAUAUUGCAUUUUUGUAACUACUUGUCAACAGGGCCAUCAUAUAUUUACAAAAGAAAGUCUUUACACAAGCUUUAUUGUUGUUAAGGUGUAGAAAAUUUUGUCUAAUGUUGAGUUAUUGGUUUUUAUUACUAGGCAGAUUAACUUCCAUUGUUUAUAGAAAUACAGAAAAAGAAAAUAUACACAAAAAAACAAACAAAAAAAAACAAAACAUAAAAAAAAAUCUGUGAAAUCUUUUUUGCAAUUGUACCAAAAGUGGCUUACUAUUGAAGUCUGAUAGCUUUUUCUAGUGAAUAGGCGCGUACAGUGGGGUAGCGCGUGAUGUGACGUGUAAGUGACAAGUUGGCAGUGUCGUUCACUGUAUAGAUGUCAAUGCUGUGCUAUUUAAAACAAAUCUGUAGAGCUAAACUAGAUGGUGUAAACAAGGUCAAUUGUCUUUGUGCGUAUUGGCAUCUGUGAUAUCCUCCGCUUUCUUGGUGUUAGUUACAAAUCAUAUCGUCAUUAAGAGUUUACAGCAAUGAGCAGUGUUAAGACUGAAAUUGGUAAAAACGGCAUCAGUGGACAUUAAUUAAGGACUUCAAAAGCUCAAUGCGAUGGGAACAUUGGCUGCACUUGAUGUUGGAUGCCUUCUAAAAUACACCUUCUACAACCUGAAAAUAAAUUGAUUUAAUAUAGGGAAGACUUUCUGAUCAUUCCAGCUUAUAGAUUUGAAUUAGAUAGCAGAAACAACAAAAUAUCCAUGAAAUGCUGUUAUACAGUACAACUAUGGAUAUGUUUUAUGACAAAUCACGCAGUUUCUUAAUAUUUUGUAUUAACUAAAAGGUGAAGUUAAAGACUACCCAUAAAAGGUGCAGCAUCAGUCCUGUAAUUUUACCCAGAUUGGUCUUCAGAUAAAAAGCGGAAGGUUAGGGUGAGGGUUUGUUUGUAUGCACUAAGCUCCUGCUUGUUUUGCUCAGGACAAAACAGGCCACUCAAAAUGAACAAACUGUUGUUGAUGAGAAGCAAAGAGGAAGGAAUGGCAGCUCUGUUAUGUUUUUUUUGUUUUUUUUUUGUUGUGUUUUUUCUUAUAUUAGGCAUGUCAUAAAGGGCUUCAAUCACAGUCAGAAACAGCACGACCACAUAGAAUUACAAUCAAGAACAGCUGCCAGCAGCACUUCCUCUGUGCCAAGGGUUGCAUUGCUCCCCUGCUCAUCUGAAAGGAGUUUAACACUGAAGCAGCUCCACACCUCAAGGUGAAAGCAGUUGUGUAAUAAUAUUAACAGAACGCGCUUCAUCCAGGUCUCACUCUCCUGCUGGUCAGAACGUCUUGUGGUGUCGGGCGAGGUGUUAAUCUAAAGACACUCUCAGAACUACAGCUCAGCAAAACUCCAUGCCAGAGAUCUGGGUGCUGGUUGAACUGUCUGUGUGCAAGUAUCCUCACUUUGUCAACAUGCUUUGCUAUCUGCAGUGGCUGGUUAACUGUGGGAAAAUAUAUAUGUGACUCUUGACAUAGCCCAGUAUUGAUGUUGGCGUCCUUAUUGCUGUGGCAGUCUUGUGGAGUGAAUCUUUUUCAUGUCAAGUGUCUUUAAGGUGUUCGAGUGGCACUGUUGACCAAUCUUUGAAUCUCCUCUCGAGAUGACGACUCUUUCUCACACAUACAGUGUAUAGUAUGUAGCUGCAGUAGGUAUUAAUGACCAUUGUGAAAAAGUGACCCUUAAUAUGCAACUCAGUGGAAAGGUGUGGGAGAGUAGAUGUAAGAGUAAUCAAUAUUGUCAAAGUUGCUGGAGUCUGUUAUUUAAUUGUACUUGUUUGGUUUUAAUUUCAUUUGUAAAAACUGUUUUUUUGCAUCCAUAGAGCAAUUGGCCCUUGUUUUACUUAUAUUUAAAGUGUAAUAUUUUAAGGAAUUAUGAGACAAAUGCAGUCAAGCCUUAUUCCGUUCAUUUGGUCUUAAGUUAGCCAUAUUACAGAUCCAUAAAUUGGAUGUGGAUAUUGAGUGAAAGUUUAUGCUGUUAUUUAGAUUUUUUGCGCACUAAGUGAUGUGGAUGGUAGCAAAAGAUUCUGUCACAAGGGCCUCUUGCAAUAAUUUUCCUUAAUUUUGGUUCCUUUGGUAUACCUGUGUUUGCGUGCGGGUGUGUUUUCUCUGCUGCUACACUAGUUGUUAGUGCUCGUCGUUUGCUGCGGCUUCGUCCACAGCCUUUCUGUUCCCAUUUUUACGUUGUGCGUAUUUGAAAUUGAUCUUAACACUGUAAUUUGUUCUGCAGAUUUAAUUUUCAAUUGGUUAUAGCUUCUUUUCUUUCAUGCAACAUGUUAGAGAGGAUAAAUAAUGGCACUUGUGUGGCAGACGAAUUUAAUAGCUCUCAGAACAUUGGCUUCUUUUUUUAGUGGAAUUACGCUUUGUUAACGGUUGACUGUGCAGGUUUUUCUUCUUACUCUAUGGAGUGGGUCUGUGUUUCAAAGGUAUGUAAAUCUGACUAAAGCGAGUAAUACAAAGUUAAUAAUCUGUUUUGUUAUUUUUCUGUAUGGGUUGUAAUAAAAUAUUGCAGUACUUUGUAUGAAAACAGACAAUAGUUAAUUGUAACUAUUUAUAAAUUAAAUUAUUGUACUUUUUGCAAUCUGUAGAUAAGUACUAUGUAUUCAUAUACAGUAACAACUGUGGAUUUAAAUGUGAUUCUCUGAGGUGUCUAAGUUAUUGAUGUAUAUAUUGUAUGUUUGUUGAUACAGCUUACUUUAUUUUCGAUAAGACCAAUAAAAAUGUUUUGGAAAAUGA